AUGCGCUUUUGGUCUUCGAAAAGCAUUCUACCGGCAAGACGGUCAUUGGUUCGACAUAGUCAAUUUGGAAUUGCCGGAGCUUUGAAACCCGAACACCAUCAUAGCAUUACCCACCUGUCUUCAGAUGGAGCCAAGCUGAGUCGUGGCUUCAAAACACUCCAUCGCGGAACUCCAUCUGGGAAUGAUAUUAAGAUUGGAAAUGAAAUCGACGCAUACUUGGCGAGUCCCGAAAGCGGAAGCAUCCUCAAUCGAAACUGCGGCCUCAUCUACGUUCCAAACGUAUUCGGUAUUUGGCAAACCAGCAAAUUGAUGGCUGAUGCGUUCGCUUCCAAAGGGUACCCUUGCUUGAUUCUGGAUAUUUUCAAUGGCGACCCAGUUCCCUUGAAGAUGCCCGAGAACUUCGAUCUGAACGGGUGGAUAGCCCGCGGCUCCGACGGAAACAAUCCUCAUACUGCGGAACAAAUUGAUCCAAUCAUCAUUGCCGGUAUCAAGUAUAUGAAGGGCUUGGGAUUCAGCACGAUCGGAGCCGCUGGCUAUUGCUUUGGCGCUAAGUACGUCGUGCGCAAUUACAACCAUGGCAUUCAAUGCGCGUUUCUGGCACAUCCAUCGUUUGUAGAAAACAGUGAAUUUGCGAGAAUCUCAGGCCCACUGUCUAUUGCGGCAGCAGGGGUGGACGAGUACUUCCCAACCCACAAGCGUCACGAGGCGGAGGAGAUUUUGAAGACCACAGGUCAAGAAUAUCAGAUCAAUCUUUAUGGCGCUGUGGAGCAUGGCUUUGCUGUCAGAGCUGACCCAGAAGAUAGGGUACAGCGAUUCGCCAAGGAGCAGGCGUUUAAUCAAGCCCUGGUUUGGUUUAAUCAUCAUCUUGGGGAGGGUUGA